CCAAAAGCCCUCAGAUCGCAAUUUCUUAAUGCCAGAGAAUUAGGGCAAAACCAAAAGCCCUCAGAUCGCAAUUCCCCUAAGUUCCGAAAUGAGGAAGCCUUCCCGCCCGUCGACUGACUCCACCGCUGUGGCUCCCUCCCGUGAUGCCGAAUCCCUCUUCAGAUCCAAACCCAUCUCCGAGAUCCGGAAUGUCGAAUCCUCCACGAAGCAAGAGAUCGAAUCGAAGAAGGAAGAGCUCCGCCAGCUUGUCGGGACCCGCUACCGUGAUCUCAUCGAAUCUGCUGACACCAUUAUCCUCAUGAAAUCCUCCUGCGAAUCCAUCUCCUCCAAUCUCUCUGCCAUUGACUCUGGCAUUCAUUCCCUUUCAUCUUCGCCGCUUGAAACCCCCAAGCUCGCUCCUAAUCCUGCCCGGGCCCGAAUUUAUGGGAUCGCCACCCGUGUCAAGUACCUCGUUGACACACCGGAGAAUAUCUGGGGGUGCCUUGACGAGUCCAUGCUUCUGGAAGCUUCUGGAAGGUACCUCCGGGCCAAAGUCGUUCAUGGCCUUAUAACCAGCACCGGUAAUGCAGAUCUUGAUUUCCUCUUGAAUUUCCCGCUCCUUGGGCACCAGUGGCAGAUUGUUGAGAGCUUCAAGGCACAGAUCUCGCAGCGAAGCCGAGAGCGACUGAUGGAUCAAGGACUGAGUGUCGGGGCCUAUGCAGAUGCGUUAGCGGCCGUUGCUACUGGCGACGAGCUCAGCCCAAGGCAGGUGCUUGCACUAUUCUUGGAGUCACGCCGGUCGUGGAUCUCACAGAAAUUAGGUAAUUCUGGAUCUGCUACUUCCGUUUCUUCGGUUUUCUGUGACGUAGUGAAGAUUAUCCAGACUAGUUUAGGACAAGUAGGAGAACUUUUUCUUCAAGUCUUGAACGAUAUGCCAUUGUUCUACAAAACGGUUUUGGGAACCCCGCCGGGCACACAAUUGUUUGGUGGUAUCCCGAAUCCCGACGAAGAAGUCAGGAUUUGGAAAUUGCAUAGAGAAAGAUUGGAGUCCAUAAUGGUUAUGCUCGAACCGAAUUUCGUUGCCAAGACCUGUUUGUCUUGGUUGAAAAACUGUGGUGAAGAGACCGUUGGUAAGAUUAAUGGGAGGUAUUUGAUUGAUGAUGUUAAGAGUGGAGAAGAGCUUGCAUUGGCUGAGAAGAUGGUACGUGAUACAUUGGAUGGUCGAGAUGCAUUGGAGGGGAGUUUGGAGUGGUUGAAGAGUGUCUUCGGAUCUGAGAUUGAGUCACCUUGGAAUCGGGUCCGUGAGCUCAUAUUGAAAGAUGAUAAGGAUCUUUGGGAUGAGAUUUUUGAAGAUGCUUUUGUAAAUAAGAUGAAAGAGGUUAUCGAUUCAGGCUUCAAGGACUUGAGAAGAGAUGUUGAUGUGAGGGAUUCCAUUAAAGCCAUUGUGGCGGGUCCUGGAGAGCAGAAUGAUUUUGAGGCGUACUUUAAGAAGCCUUCUACGGGUGGUGGUGUGUGGUUUUUGGAGCCAAACAAUAGAAAGGUUACUAUGGGAUUGAGCUUGAAAGCAGCGGCAGCAGAUGAGAAUGAUUUCCGUACAUGUCUAAAUGCAUAUUUUGGACCUGAAGUUAGUCGAAUUAGAGAUGCUGUGGACAGUAGAUGUGAGUGUAUUCUGGGGGAUCUUUUGCAUUUCUUAGAAUCCCCAAAGUCUACUUCGAGGUUGAAGGAGCUACUGCCAUAUCUGCAAGAUAAGUGUUACAGAACUAUAUCAACCUUACUGAAGGGACUUGAAGAUGAGCUUGGGCAGCUCUCUACUGCCCUGGACAAUAGCAAAGAGGAAAAGGACUCUCAGCCACCAGCUAUUAUUGUCGAAAGAUCGCUUUUCAUCGGACGCCUCUUAUUUGCAUUACGGAACUACUCAAGUCAUAUUCCACUGGUACUUGGUUCCCCAAGGCUAUGGGUGAUGACUGAAACAAGAUCCACGGUUAAGGCAUCAUCUAUGUCGAUGCACUCCAGGUUGGCUUUGGAUUCUCCUGUGCUUGAUACACCUAGAAAGCAAAUGCUUGAGAGCCCUAGAAGGCAAACUUCAUCAGUUACUGCUGCUCUGUUUGGAGUGGAUGACAUUGCCAAUCCAAAACUCGAUGAACUUAACAAGGUUUUGUGUGAUCUUUGCAUUAAGGCUCAUAGCUUGUGGAUAGCAUGGGUGUCUAAUGAGCUAUCAAUUAUUUUGUCCAAGGAUCUUGACAAGGAUGAUGCAUUGUCUGCAACAAUGCCAUUGCGGGGUUGGGAAGAAAUAGUGAUCAAACAAGAACAAUCUACUGAGGCAUUGGAGAUGAAAAUUGCACUUCCUUCCAUGCCUUCACUCUACAUUACAGCUUUUCUCUUCCAAGCAUGCCAAGAAAUUCAUAGAGUUGGAGGUCAUGUCCUUGAUAAAUUGAUCCUACAGAACUUUGCGGGAAGACUCUUGGAAAAUGUAGUCAGCAUCUAUGCUGCCUUCGUUUCGAAUGUAGAGACUCGUACACCUCAGGUUUCAGAAAAAGGAGUUCUGCAAGUGCUAUUAGACCUACGAUUCACUGUCGACAUUCUGUCUGGGGGUAAAGAUUCGUCCCUUGGCAGUACAUAUUCGAAUGUGCAAGAGGAUCCAACAAAAAGCUUUUUAUUAAAGUCUUCUUACAGACGGAAACAUUCUCAAGUCCAGCCCAACUCUGCUAGUAGAGAGCGUGUCAUGGGAAUGAUACAUACCCUGUCUCAGAAAUUGGAUCCGAUAGACUGGGCUACGUAUGAGCCAUACCUCUGGGAGAAUGAGAAGCAAUCAUAUAACAGAUAUGCUGUCCUCUUUGGAUUCUUGGUACAACUAAAUCGUAUGUACACCGAUGCUGUUCAAAAGUUGCCUACAAAUACUGAGUCAAAUAUAUUGAGAUGUUCUACAGUUCCACGGUUCAAAUAUCUUCCAAUCAGUGCUCCUGCGCUGUCUUCAAGAGGAGCAUCUACAUCAGCUCUUUCUACAUCCUCGGAGGAUAUAUCUUCUAGAAGCUCCUGGAAAGCCUAUGCAAAUGGGGAACUAUCUCAAAAGCUUGAGCUCGAUGAUACUUCAAGCUUCGGGGUUGCGACGCCCUUGUUGAAGUCAUGGAUGACCCAGGUUGGCAGCCGAAUUGGGGAGAGCAAAUUGAGAUUGGGGUCCAUGUCAACAUUUGGCGACAUGCUACCCAUCCAGGCAGCAGGCCUGUUGUCGUCUUUCACAGCUGGGGCUGCCAGGUCUGACUCUUGAUUUGCAGACUGGGCCAUAUUUUUCUCCUUUCCAAGAGAAAGAUCUCCAUAGUUUACAGAAGCAAGUAUAUCGAUUUAUCCUUUCAUAAAUGGGAAGAGGCUGUAGAGCUGCUACUGCUUGAAGACUCGAUGGCAAGAUGGUCUGCAGAUUCAUGGUGCAGUAGACAAGAACAGAUUUAUACUCUGCCUAUGAGAAUGAGAGUUCUUCUCGUUUAUUCCUUUCCAUCGAUUCUCGGAACUGGAACCAGAAAGCAACGGUGUGUAGGAUUAUUUCGGCCAUCUAUGUAGGAUUCUUGGGAGCUGAAGAAAAACCUUGUAAUGCAGUGUAUAGCGGACCUUGCAGGGAAAUCAUGUUUAGUGAAAUCAAAUGAGCACAAGGUUCCUACCCGCUUGUGUGUAUUUUUUAUUUUAUUUUUGGGUUAUUUGUUUAUUUUAUAGCAUAGAUGGAGGAAAAGGGAAAAGAAAGUGAAAUUGAACAAUGCUCAAUGUUGAAGCCUUAGAUUUUGAUAAAGGAGAACUUGUUUAUUGCAUCCUUCAGAAAAGAAUGGAAAAAGAAAGAAAAAAAUCAAUAAAGGACUGCGUGGGGCCCACUGUGAUGUGUGUAUGGCAUGGCCCACAUGAUGUGUGUAUGGCAUGACACACAUGCGUGGGGCCCACUGUGAUGUGUUUAUGGCAUGGCCCAAUUGUGACUUGUGGUUUUAAACUUUGUAAUUAGACAUCAUUAAUUAAAGUAGUUUGCUCAAAAUGUUUUUGAUGUGAUACUAAUUUGAUUUAGUUUAAAUAUUUGAAUUGGCUUGCUUUUA